UUGACAACUUCCUUCACAACAGCUCUGCUCCGUGAAGCAAGAAGUAUGAAUGCCCUGACUUCUGUGGAGGCUGCAUCGCUGUAAAUGCUGUGUGGCCACUUCAGACGCCAGAUUUGUACUUACUUGUUACCCAGAAAUGAUUUGACAUUAAGAUAAAAACAGCUGCAAACCUUUAAGCAUAACAAACACUGAACAAACAGUUUCUAUCUUGGUUCCCAUCAUAUCGCUCAACAUUAGUGGACAGUCACCAUGUGGAUCUCUGUGUGUCUGAUCAGCUCUUUCCUUCAUAGCACUGCAGGCUGCACUCUGUCAGUCACUAACUAUGAUGAGAUCACUGUCUACUCAGGCCAGUCUGUUCUCCUGACCUGUUCAUGUACUGAACCCCAGGCUAAACCUCCCAGCGUCACAUGGACUAGACUCAAUCAGCAGCAUGAGAUAUUAACCAAGCCCUCACAGGAUUCUCUCUACAGGGACAGAGUGAAGAUGUUUAAUAACAACUCUCCUGGGAACCUCUCUGUCCUCCUCUCACACGUCACAGAGGACGAUGUUGGGUGGUACAGGUGUGGAAUCAGUCAUGCAUACAGAGACAUCAAACUCACUGUUAAAGGCUGCACUCUGUCAGACCCUCGAUCAAGGGUGGUCAAUGGAUCCCCAGGCCAGUCUGUUCUCCUGCCCUGCUCCUGUAGUAAAACCCAGGCUAAACCUCCCAGCUUCACAUGGACUAAACUCAGGGAUCACCAGACACCUGAGAGAAUACCAACCCAGAGUGAUCUCUACAAAGGCAGAGUGAAUAUCUUUAAUAACACCGCUCCAGGGAACCUCUCGCUCCGCCUCUCACACGUCACUGAGGACGAUCAGGGGUGGUACAGGUGCCAAAUCAGCCGUGAAAAAUACAGUGACAUCAAACUCACUGUUAAAGACAGCACAACAUUCCUAAUACCAACAACGUCACCUAAAGGGGCAGACACAUUGGGGACUUCAGGAGAAGAUCCAUCUGCUUCCCCUCAACAAAACAAUACAAUCCAAUACAUCUUACUGGCUGUUUUACCAGUCAUACUGAUCAUCGCUGGAGUGGCUUUGUACAUAUACAAGAGAAACAAAGGAAAGAAAAACACGGAGGAGAAAAGUAGUGGGGGCAAAACAGAAGGAGAGAAAAAGGAUGAGUCCUCUGCAAUGUGUGCCAUGAUUGCAGACAGAAACACUGGUUUAGGCGACAAGAUAACAAUACCGCUCAGUGCACCAGAUGAUCCCUCUGUAAUGUAUGAUACGGUUCAAGAACCCAGAAACAACAACCAAGAGGAGACAACAACACCCCUCAGUGCUCCAGAGGAUCCCUCAGUGACAUACUCCACCAUCGUCCACAUGAAAGGAAAAAGGAACGCAGUAGUGAGUCUGGAGAGAGGUGGAGAAACAGAGUACGCCACUAUCAAGACAGGCACGUUCUCCUAGAGCCACUGUACAAUAGGCCUACAGCCAUCUCACAGCCUUUUCCUGCAGAGAGAUCUCAUAUUGGGCCCAGUAUCAAGAGGUUUGAUCUGGCACACAUGACGAUAAAUAUAUUUCACUCUCUACUAAGACAUGUUGAGUGGUUAUCACAGGAGAUCAGAUGUUAACCUACAACCAAAAUAAUAAAGUCCCAGAGAUAUAGGCAAGAUGAUUGGUGAAGCAAUAAGAUACCAUUUUGUUUUUGUGUAGCUGAGACAAUCAAAGCAACUUAUAUGGCUUAAAGUUCAGCCAGUUCUCUUUUUAUAUCGUUGUUGUGCAUUUAUUUUUAAAUCUGUAAACUUUUUGAAAUAGAGACGGAUGAUUUCAUACGUUUGAGAAAAGGGAAAAUGUGGUUUGAUGUGUCAAAGCAACAAAAAAAAAAGAUUUCACAAUCAGUAUUGCAAGAGGUUGCUAUCAUCCAUCUUAAUUUAUACACUAUACUUCUUAUUUUUCUGUCAAGUAACUGGUAUACACUGAGCAUUUCAUCAUUCUCGAAGUUGUGAAAACAACCUCAACAUGUUGUCAAAACCUGUUAGUUAGCUACAGUACUUCCUCUUUCGUGUAAUGGACAAAUCACAUAUUGUGGACUUCCUGAAGAGGGAAAGCAGUCUAACAAGGUCAUCAACUGAAGCAUACACUUCUGAAGUGCACAACUAACAGGGAAUGACAUGUUUAAGUGUGUCCUUUUCUUUGUCAUUUGACAAAGUCAGAUUCUCCAAUCAUAACUGUAAAUACACUGAACAAAGAUAUAUACGCAACAUGUAAAGUGUUGGUCCUACAGUAUGUUUCAUGAGCUGAAAUAAAAGAUCACAGAAAUGUUCCAUACACACAAAAAGCUUAUUUCUAUCCCAGGCCCACCCAUGGCUGUACCUCUGCCCAGUCAUGUGAAAUCCAUAAAUUAGGGCCUAAUUGAUUUAUUUCAAUUGACUGAUUUCCUUAUAUGAACUGUAACUCAGUAAAAUGUUUGAAAUUGUUGCAUAUUGCAUUUCUAUUUUUGUUCAGUAUACAUAUGAGGACACCGAGAUCCAGACUUCUGUAAUUUUAUCUAAUCUGACAAAUAAAUGAAUAACGCAAAUCUAUAUUUUAUACACAAUAAAGAAAAUAAAUGAUGGGUCAACAUCUAAA